GAGUGAGAGUAAGAGAGGGUUCUUGUUUUUGCGGAGCGUCAUUCUUUAUGAACGGCACACAGAGCAGGAGGCGUCUCUCCACAUUCACUCGUAUCAUCUUCUGCGUUGAGAGGACGAUGCCUUUCAGGACCGGACUUUUUCUCCUGAUGGUGCUGAACGCAUCUGCAUACGAACUGGAUCAGAACGAGUCUUAUGCGCCAAGGAGAGCACGCUUCUCUGCCAACAGCCCUUCAGAUGUGGCACGCUGUCUCAACAGUGCCCUCCAAGUUGGCUGCGGAGCCUUCGCCUGCCUGGAGAACUCAACUUGUGACACAGAUGGCAUGCACGACAUCUGCAAGUCCUUUUUAUACAGCGCUGCUAAAUUUGACACUCAGGGUAAAGCAUUUGUGAAGGAGAGCCUUAAGUGCAUUGCUAAUGGCAUCACCUCGAAGGCAUUCCCCACCAUCCGUCGCUGCUCCACCUUCCAAAGAAUGAUAUCCGAGGUCCAAGAGGAGUGUUACAGCAAGCUGGAUAUCUGCACUGUGGCCAGAUCUAAUCCAGAUGCUAUUGGUGAAGUGGCACAGCUGCCAAGUCACUUCCCCAAUCGGUUUUAUGGAAAGCUGCUGCAAAGCCUGAUGGACUGUGACGAGGACACGGUGGACCGCGUCAGGACCAGCAUGGUGUCACGGCUGGGCCCAGAGAUGACCAUGCUUAUCCAGCUGCUGCAGAACAAGCCCUGCACGUCCACCGCUGUAGCUGCAGCUGCCGCCAUCCCAACAGGAGUGGAGGGCCGUGGGAGCUGGCGCUGGCCCAUGGGCCCCCAUUUGUACAAGAUCCAGCCUAAUCUGCGAAACAGAGACCCUGCCAGUCAUUUCGGCAAAAAGCGCUCUGCCAGUGACAGCUCCUAACUUCCGCUCAGUCAAAAAACAAACAAAAAAAAAAAAA